AUGGAGGAAUCACCACAAGCUGUUCAAAUUGUGUCUCCAUCAAAUCAUUCAUUUGAACUGCAUUUUUUUGAAUUGGAACGGAUCCUGGGUGCUAGCGAUAUAAGAGAUCGAUAUGUUGUCGUGGUUUCAAUAGCUGGUGCAUUCCGGAAAGGAAAGAGUUUUCUGAUGAACUUUUUCCUUAGAUAUUUAGAAGCAGAGUACACGAAGAAAAAUGUGAAUGACUGGUUAACGGAGCUCAAUGUUGAACGUGGAUUCAAGUCGCGUGGUGGUCAACAGCCCGAAACGACGGGAAUUUGGAUGUGGUCCGAUGUUUUUACGCAUGAUCACAACGGCAAAGAAUUGGCCAUCAUUCUGCUUGACACCCAAGGGAUUUUUGACAAUCGAAGCAGUGUGAAAGAUUGUAUUACGAUCUUUGCACUGAGCAUGAUGCUCGCUUCCGUGCAGUGCUACAAUUUGAUGCAAAAUGUUCAAGAGGACGAUCUACAGCAUUUAGAACUGUUCAGUGAAUAUGGAAAACUUGUACUUGGCCAAUCAAAUGAAAAACCAUUUCAAAAGUUGCUGUUCAUCGUUCGCGACUGGCCCAACUCAUUUGAAACUGGCAUGGCUGUAGCACAGGGUGGAAACCUCAUCGUUCAAUUACAACAAAUCGAAUCAGAAUUCAUUAAAUAUGUCAAAGAAUUGGCUCCAGCUAUUUUUGCUCCUGAAAAUCUGAUCAUCAAGAAGGUCAAUGGCCAAGAGCUACGCACACGUGAUUGGAUUCAGUAUAUUCAAACAUACACUGGCAUUUUCAAUGUCAAAGUGACAUAUUGCCUGAACCAAAAACGAUUCUGA